UCUGACGACGAAUAUGAAUAUCGACAUGUUAUCCUUCCGAAACCGUUCCUUCGGUACCUACCUAAGGAAUACUUCAACAAGGAUGAUUCGGGAACGCUGAGAUUGCUGACGGAAGAGGAAUGGCGAGGCAUGGGGAUUCAGCAAAGCUUAGGAUGGGAGCAUUACGAAGUCCAUGCACCUGAACCCCAUGUAUUGCUUUUCCGUCGACCGAAG